AACCAUUGCUGUUGUCACUGUCGGUUAAUCUUUAUUCAUCAGAAUUUCUUAUUAACCUUCGAUAUAAACUCUCAAAUGGAGCAACAGAUGUUCUAGUUUAACUUGGUAUUCUUUUCUUUUUUUCUCUCAUUGUUGCAUAUCUUCCUUCAUUGAUUGUUCCAUUUCUUGAAAAAUUCCCCAGUUUUGGUUCAAACAUCUGUUUCUCUUGUCCCAAUUUUCCAUGGUGUAUAAGAACAAAAACGAGGUGGUUUCACAUGGAGGAUCCAAGGGUUUAAUGGAGAAUGAAAUCAAAGAAUCCCCUUUGGCAUCUAUGCCCAGAUUGCCUAUACAGAGUAGCAGACCAAGCAGCAUGGUUGUUAAGAAAGCGCAUACCGUGAUUCCGGCGCAUAUCGUAGCCGAGGCGAUCUCGACGCUUCAUGGCCUCGACCUCAGAUGGUCGGGGCCGAUCACACCGACGGAAAGGGAGUAUGUUGAACAAUAUGUGUUGGCAAAAUAUCCACAAUAUGCAGGUCAAGUUGAGUUAGAAAAUAUAGACCUUUCUAGUCUUUGUAUCAAUGAAGAGUCCUCUGAGUCAGCAAUUGAUGAUAAAAAGAAAUCACCAAGAACUAGUUUAAGGGAGUCCUCUUCGCCUUUCUUUGGAAGCAACCAUCCCGACUUGGACCGGAUUCAAUUGGAGCCAUCGAGAUUGCUUGACAUCCUCACAAAGAAAUCGUCCUUUCCUGGAAGUUUCAUUUCGAUCCCAGAAAUCCAAGCUCAAAACAAAGUUCUGAAACACUGCGGAUUACCGGACGACGACUACCUCGUUCUCUUCACACCGAACUACAAGGAUGCAAUGAUGCUUGUAGGAGAAAGUUACCCUUUUUUUAAAGGGAAUUUCUACAUGAGCAUCAUUGGUGAAGAACUUGAUUGUGCGAGAGAAUUUGCCAGUUACAAGGAAUCAAAAGUGAUAUUGGCACCAGAAACAUGGUUGGAUUUGAGAAUCAAAGGAUCACAACUCAGCCAAUAUUUCAGGAAAAAAUGUAAGCAUAGCCCCAAAGGAUUGUUCUCAUAUCCAGCCGAUGUUAAUGGAAUGCGUUACUCCAUGCAUUGGAUUUCGGAAGCUCAUAGGAAUUCAUGGCACGUUCUGCUCGAUGCAACAGGUAUAGUCGUCGGACAAGACCGGUUGAACCUCGCGCUUCAUCGACCUGAUUUCGUGCUUUGUAGUCUGGAGAAUACACAUGCCCAACCAUCAAGGAUAACUUGCCUUUUGGUGAGGAAGAAAUCGUUUGAUACAACAACAUCUACAUCUCAGAUCAGUGAGUGAAACAUGGGGAUUAGCUUAUUCGAAUACGUUAUAUCACAUGUUUCAAUUGUUUUAAUAUUUAUAGCUAUAUAUAUAUUGGAAUUUUGAACAAAUAAAAUGAGUUUUUCAU